CCCGCCGCCGCCCACCCACCUCCCCACCGCAGCCCGCCAUGUCUCCCGUCGCACUCCCCUCCCAGCACGCCGCCGUCCUCCACGGCGCGAAGGACCUCCGCCUCGAGGAGCGCACCGUCUGGCCCCCACAGCAGGGCCACGCCCAGGUCGCCGUAGUCGCCACAGGCCUCUGUGGAUCCGACCUCCACUACUACACCCACGGCCGUAACGGCGACUUCGUCGUCCAACAGCCGCUCGUCCUCGGCCACGAGGCCGCAGGCAUUGUCACCGCGGUCGGCCCCGGCGUCAAGCACCUCGUCCCCGGCCAGCGCGUAGCCAUUGAGGCCGGCAUCAUGUGCAACAACUGCAGCUACUGCCAGAGGGGCCGCUACAACCUCUGCAAGAACAUGCGCUUCUGCAGCAGCGCAAAAACAUUCCCGCAUUCCGACGGCACCCUCCAGGACCGCAUGAACCACCCCGCGCACGUCCUCCACCCACUACCGGACAACUGCACGUUCGAGCAGGCCGCGCUCGCCGAGCCGCUCUCCGUCCUCCUGCACGCCUCGCGCCGCGCGGACCUCACCCCCGAGCGGCCCGCGUCCGUCCUCGUCUUCGGCGUCGGCGCGAUCGGUCUCCUCGCCUGCGCGCUCGCGCGAUCGUACGGCGCGCACAAGGUCGUCGCGAUCGACAUCAACCAGGCGCGCCUCGACUUUGCGAAGGCGAACGGGUUUGCACAGGAGGUGCAUUGCCUGCCCGUCACCGACAAGGCGAAGACGACGGAGGACCAGCUCCGGCGGGCGAAGGAGAACAUCAGCGCCGCGCUCAGCAACUUUGACCAGCCGGACGGGUUCGACGUCGUUUUCGAGUGCACCGGCGCAGAGCCGUGCAUCCAGAUGUCCAUCCACGCCGCAGUCACCGGCGGGAAGGUGAUGCUCGUCGGGAUGGGCGCGCGGAACGUGAUGCUGCCGCUCUCCGCCGCGGCGACGCGUGAAGUCGACGUCCUGGGCUCGUUCCGGUACGCGAACACGUACCCGACCGCGCUCGCGCUCCUCGCUGCGGGCAAGCUGCCGAACAUCGAGAAGAUCAUCUCGCACCGGUUCCCGCUCGCGGACGCGGCGAAGGCGUUCGAGCUCAUGGCGCGCGGCCGCGACGACGAGGGCCGCAUGGUCAUGAAAGUCAUGGUCGGCGGCCAAUAGGUCGCCGCCGCCGCCGGUGACUGGCUGGACUGCACCGGACCUUGAUGAGCGUGAUGAUUUGGAUACCACAGAUGAUGAUUACCAUUAGACGAUCCCCCGCGUCGUCGCCACCGCAGUCCCCCCAGCACGCGCAUGCCACUCCCCGCACUAUCUGACAUUGCUCACACCCGCUCUACUGACAUAUCCCUGGCCUUCGUCCCCGGCCCCGAAAGCGUGCUGCGUGGAGGGCCCGCGAUUGGCGCGACCCACCCUGUAUCUGUAUCGCCAUGUCCGCAUCGAACAUAUCUAUUCGCAUAUCUGUUGUCGUAUACUACACUUUACAUGAAUAUGGAUGUCAUCUGGAUUGCAACGACUCUGCGGGGCGCCUGCCACGAAGGUUCAGCCUUGUGUGAGAGACAGCCUCG